AUGUCCGCCGCACCUGUUGUGGCCCCCAGCCCUCCCGUGGAGGGCACCGCAGUGAAGUUCGUGCUCGGCGGGCUCUCCUGCUGCAUUGCCGCCCUAUUUACCAACCCGAUUGAUGUGGUGAAGGUGCGACUGCAGCUGCGUGGCGAGCUGGGCGGGGCUGCGGCCCAGUCGAAGGUGGGCUUCCUCUCCCACCUCCUCCGCACUGAGGGUCUCUCGGCCUUCUACAAAGGGCUCUCGGCGUCGUUGAUGCGAGAAGCCAGCUACUCGACCAUUCGGAUGGGCGGGUACGAGGUGUGCAAGACGCAGCUGGGCGCGACGGACCCGGCCACGACGCCCCUGUGGAAGAAGAUCGUGGCGGGCGGCAUCGCCGGCGCCACCGGCGCAGCCAUCGCCAACCCGACCGAUCUUGUCAAAGUGCGGCUGCAAGCUGACACCGGCAGCCAUGCCACGGGUGGGCCACGCUACAAGAGCACGCUGCAUGCGUUCAAGGAGGUCUAUCGCACGGAAGGCUGGGCCGGCCUCUACAGGGGCGUGGGUCCCACCACCCAGCGGGCCGCCCUGUUGACCGCCGCCCAGCUGUCGUCGUACGACCAUGCCAAGCAAGCGCUGCUGCGCCUUGGCGUGGUGCGCGAGGACAACCUCUACGCCCACUUCUGGUGCGUGGCCAGCUUCUUGUGA